GCUGACCCCUGAUUGUGCACAGCAGAAAAUGGUCCUUUAGUCUGAUUGGCUCCUGGGGGGAUGACACUGUGGAUGAGAGUGUGGAGAUGGAAUGAGAGAGAGAGAGUGGAAAGUAAAAGGGAGAGAGGAAGAAGAGUGCGUAGAGAGCGAGAGAGAGAGAGAAGGGGAGAGAGAGAAGUAGAAACUUUUCAAAGAAUGACAGCCAGUAUAGUUGAGAGGGAGCAUGGACCCAAGGUGACUCUAUAGGGAACUGAUGCACUGCAGGCAGUUACUUCCACAAGUAUUACAAGGGGAAUUUAGUGAGUUUUGAGAGAAAAGAAGAAGAGACAGAUAAGAGAAGAAGAGCAAAAACUGUCUGAAAAGGACAGAGAAAAAAUAAAUAAGGAAAAAUAGAAGCAGGAAAAGGAGAAAGUAGCCAUUUGAAGACACAAGAAAGACACAAGAAACAAAGGCCUGUCAUCAGUGGGUCAUCGUAUCACCAAAGAAAACACAAAACCCCAUUUUGAAAAUACAUUUAUUUGAUUUGCUGUUGAGUAUCCAUCAUGGGAGAUCAACAUCACCACCAUCCUGGGGGUGGUAGGCCUGUCUACAACCUCCUACUCAGCAUAGGUCUGGCCUUGCUGGCCCUGUUGUCUGAGGCCCAGGGCCGUAUGGAUAGAGCCAAGACAGAAGAGGAGAGUGGAGCAGGGCUGCUGAGGAGGGUGAAGAGAGGCUGGGUAUGGAACCAGUUCUUUGUGCUGGAGGAGUACACUGGACUGGAGCCACUGUACAUAGGAAAGCUCCACUCAGACAUGGACCUAGGGGACGGCUCCAUCAAGUACAUCCUGUCAGGCGAUGGUGCGGGCACCACCUUCACCAUUGACGACAGUACAGGCGACAUCCAUGCUAUCAAGAGGCUGGACCGUGAGGUGCAGGCCCAGUACCUUCUGCGAGCCCAGGCCUGGAACAGACAAACAGACCGACCCCUGGAGCCUGAGUCUGAGUUUAUCGUCAAAAUCCAGGACAUCAAUGAUAAUGAACCUAAGUUCCUGGAAGGGCCCUACCAGGCCACCAUACCUGAGAUGUCAACCAUCGGCACUGAGGUGAUUCGGAUGACAGCCACAGAUGCAGAUGACCCUACGUAUGGUAACAGUGCCAGGGUGGUCUACAGCAUCCUACAGGGACAGCCAUACUUCUCUGUAGAGCCUAAGACUGGUGUGGUGCGUGUGUCUCUGGCGGGCAUGGACCGUGAGGUCAGGGAGAACUACUCUGUCAUCAUCCAGGCCAAGGACAUGGGAGGCCAGCUAGGGGGUCUGGCCGGAACCACAGUGGUUAACAUCACCCUCAGUGACGUCAAUGAUAACCCACCCAUGUUUGAUCAGAAGCUGUACCAGAUGAGUGUUCCAGAGUCGGCUCCGGUGUCAUCUGUUGUGGGUCGUAUCCGGGCGAAGGACCGUGACAUUGGCAUCAAUGCAGAGAUGAGGUACAGCAUAAUCGACGGAGACGGGAGGGACACCUUCGACAUCAACACAGACCCAACCAACCUGUUUGGCAUCAUCACCAUCAAAAAGCCUCUGAACUUUGAGACCAAGGCGAGCUACACGCUGAAGAUAGAAGGAGCCAACACACACGUUGACCACCGUUUUCCGGAUAAGGGCCCGUUCAGCCAUGUCACCAUCGUUCACGUCAGCGUAGAGGAUGUGGACGAGCCCCCAGAGUUUAGCUCGGCUGCCUACUACAUAGCGGUCCCUGAGGACACAGAGAUCAGCACGAUGUUUAUGACGGUCUCCGCUAGAGACCCCGAUGCUGCGAACACCUCCAUCAGGUAUUCCAUAGAGAGGAACACUGACCUGGGGAAAUACUUCUACAUUGACAUCACUUCCGGGGCAUUGAUGACAGUGCUUCCUUUGGACAGAGAGGAGUUCUCCUGGCAUAACAUCACCGUCCUGGCCAUGGAGAUGAAUAACCCCAGGAUGAUCGGGAGUGUGUCUGUAGCCGUGAAGAUUCUGGACGUGAAUGAUAACCCUCCGUUGCUGACACAGUACUUUGAAGCCUUUGUCUGUGAGAGUGCCAAUGCCGGACAGCUGAUUCAGACAGUGACGGCAGUAGACGCAGAUGAUCCUCUGGGAGGUCAUCACUUCUACUACAGCCUGGCCUUAGAGGCAGCUAAUAACCCCAACUUCACCCUUAGAGACAACCAAGACAACACAGCAUGGAUCCUGACGCGUCGCGGGGGCUGGUCUCAGCAGGAUCAGUCAGUCUACUACCUUCCUAUCUUCAUCUCAGAUGGAGAGCAGCCAGUCCAGACCAGCACCAGCACCCUGACCAUCCGUGUGUGUAGCUGCGAUGUGGAGGGCAACGUUAUGUCCUGUAAUGCUGAGGCCUACCACCUCCCGGCUAGUCUGAGCAGAGGGGCACUCAUCGCCAUACUGGCAUGUAUCUUUGUCCUGCUCGUGAUGGUCCUGCUCAUGUUGUCCCUCCAGAGCCACCAUAAGAAGCCCUACCUGCACGAUGAGGAAGACAACGUCCACGAGAACAUUGUCCGCUACGAUGACGAAGGGGGCGGAGAAGAGGACACCGAGGCCUUCGACAUCGCUGCCAUGUGGAACCCACGCGAGGCCCACCUAGUGGGGAAGCAACGUCAGGACAUGCUGCCUGAGAUUGAGAGCCUGUCGCGUUACGUUCCCUUAGCAUCAGUAGGUGGGCCGGGUUGUGGUGGUGGAGACAGCAACGUCCAGGGGUAUGUGCUAGCCAAGCUCCUGGAGACGGAUCUGAACCCCUGUGCCCCGCCUUACGACUCCCUGCAGACGUACGCCUACGAGGGGGAGGGAUCGGUGGCCGAGUCCCUGAGCUCGCUACAGUCUGGGUGCUCCAACACUGAUCAUGAGUAUGACUAUCUCAAUGACUGGGGGCCCAGAUUUAAGAAACUGGCAGAGAUGUAUGGGGUUCUAGAGAUGAACAACCCUCCCAUGUGGUAGAGGGGAGGAAGGAACGAGAGACUCCCCCUUACAUACACACACCUUAGAGAAAGAGUGUAAACAGCGUCAUAGAGAGACAAUGACUGAAACAGUGACAAACACAGAGGCUGAAAUAGAGAGAUAGACACAGGACUAGAGAGAGAGAAAGAGAGUUUGAAAGGUGUGCUCGUCAUAUAACUGUAGCACUUGCGAAUGCACAGCUAAGCAUCGCCUGUUCUCCACAGUUUGAGCCGUGUAGCUUCCUAGCUACCAUCACAAUCCCUCCCCAUCCACAGGAAGAGUCUUUAGAGGAGCCUGGACUGACUGACUGACAGACAGCUAGCACAACGAGACCCUCAAAGCAAAGGGCUUCAAAGCACACGUUAGUUAACUCCUGUGGCCAACCCAGGCCCUAGCCACAGGCGCCAACAGCUCUUUGGUUCAAAGGGUCCGAUUCCCCUCAGAAGAACACAAGAUAGGGGUGCGAAGGGCAAAUGUGGAACUCAGAAUACAUUACCUGCCGAUACACAUGUAUGCAGGAGACAAACAAACUCUGAAACGCUGACUUAUUUUGGCAGUUUGUUUUGCCGAUUUUAAAAAUUAAAAAUGAACUUUUUUUUCUCUUCUUUUGGUCAAGCUUUAGUUUUUAAAAAUUCUAAGCCACUGUGACUAUUUUUUUAAGGUAAAUGAUUUGAUGAAAAGUGUUUUGUUUUGAGAACUGCUAUUUAUUCACAGUAGCUCCAUUAUGUGGCCGUAUCUUACUAAUUAAUUAAUAUUUUAAUAUGCUGUCCUUAUAUUUAGUAUAACUUAUUUUUGAGGAAUCAAACAAACACUGGACUUGUGUUGGAUGUUAUCCCAAGGUUGUGGGAUUGGCAUAAAAUAUGUUCAAAUAUGUUCGAGCGUUAUCAUGUAACAAAUAUUUCAAUGGCGUCUAAUUGCAUUUCUGUUGUGUGUGUUUCUGUGUCUUGUUUCAGACAGAGUAAGGGAGAUGUAAACUCAGUAAUCCUGUUUGGAUUUUAAAGUUAGUUUAAUGUGUCAAUUCAUAUUUUGUUAGUAUGAACACUUUGUUGUUUUGCUGCUGGUUAGGAGCAUGAAGCAUGAUCAUGCAUUCAACAGGAUAUUCUGUGUGUCCCAAAUGGUACCAUAUUUCCUACAUGGGCCCUGGUCAAAAAUGGUGCACUAUUUCUCAUAUUUAACU